AUGGGCUCCUUGGCCAACUUAACAUAUCUCAAUCUCUCUUAUUCUCUAUUCAGUGGCAUGAUUCCAUCUACACUUGGAAAUCUUUCACAACUACAAUAUCUAGACCUCGGAGGGAAUUAUCUCGGUGGAGUAAUUCCUUUUCAGAUUGAGAAUCUCAGACAGUUACAAUAUCUUGAUCUCGGACACAAUUAUCUUUCGGGAGAAAUCCCGUUUCAAAUUGGGAAUCUCAAACAGCUACAAUUUCUUAAUCUUGCAAGUAACACUCUUUCUGGAGCUAUCCCUUUUCAGACUGGAAAUCUUCCUCUCUUGCAUACACUCCGGCUGGGUGGCAAUUUUGAUAUAAAAGAUAAGGAUGCAGAGUGGUUCUCUAAUCUCUCUUCCUUAACCACUCUUGAAUUCACUUCAUUACACAAUCUUGUUGCCUCUCGUCACUUGCUACAGACUAUAAGUAAGUUUAUUCCAAACUUAAGAGAGAUGAGGCUUGUUAAUUGUUCUCUCUCAGAUGCUGAUAUCAAAUCCUUCUUUUAUUCUUACUCCAACUUUUCCACUUCUCUUACCAUCCUUGAUUUUUCUUCUAAUCUGCUAACGUCCUCAACGUUUCAUUUGUUAUCUUCUCUUUUUCCAAAUUUUCCAUCUCUUAAGAUCCUUGGCCUCUCUUAUAAUAAUCUUUCAUCAUCAAUAUUUCAAGGUAAUUUUAAUUUUGGAUCAAAACUGAAAGAGCUUCAUUUAGAAAACUGCAGUCUUACAGAUAGAAGUUUUACUGUUUCAUCUACUUCCACAAUGAAUUCCUCAUCUUCUCUUCUCUACCUUGAUCUCUCCAAUAACUUGCUGAAAUCAUCCGAUAUAUUUCAUUGGAUUUUUAACUUCACCACCGAUCUUAAUACUCUUUACCUUAAUGGUAACUUGUUAGAAGGUCCGAUUCCAGAUGUAUUUGGAAAAGCAAUGAACUCUCUUGAAGUUAUUCAUCUCUCCUAUAACAAACUACAGGGCAAGAUUCCAUCUUUCUUUGGGAACAUGUGCAAAUUGCAGAGAUUAUACCUCUCAAAUAACAAGUUGAAUGGGGAAAUUUCUAGUUUCUUUCAAAAUUCCUCAUGGUGCAACAGACACGUAUUUCAGACUUUGGAUUUAUAUUAUAACCAAAUUACUGGCAAGAUACCUAAAAGCAUCACAUUGUUAUCUGAAUUGGAGAAGUUAUACUUGGAUGGGAAUUCUUUAGAGGGUGACGUCACUGAAAUAAAUGCGACUGAAUGUGAAACCUCUAACUCAAUGCAUGAGCAGUGUGUAGUGACCAACCGGGUCGUUAUAAAUUUUGAUUAG